AUUAGCAAGGCUAUGGCCCACACAAUUCCCCGAGUCGCCCCUGUUACCAACUCGGUUUCCCUUCUUCCUCGUCCCAACACACACACACACACACACACACUCUCUAUACACUACUACUAUCUCCCUCACCCCCUUAAUCUCUCUCUGUCCUUUUUAGUCUUUUCACACAUCAAUCCAACGGCAAUGCCACCUUCCACGUCCCCCAUUUCUUCUUCCUUCUUCUUCUUCCCUUAUUUUUCCCUUUUCUUGUGUAGUAAUCCACACUAUACUCUCCCAAACACCCGCGUAGCACUAUAUAACCGCCUCUUCUCUUAGGGUUUUCUCUUCUCUUUCUGCAUACAUUAGCCUUCAACAAAUAUUGGGUCGCCUUUUUGUCUUCUUGUUUCUGGGUUCAUACGUCUCAAAGGGUUUUGAAAUUUGGAUUGGAAGGGGGUCUGUUAUUGUUUUUAUGUUGAAUGGUGAUCGAAAAGAGCAGCUUUAAGGCAUCAGAGGUUUCUCCUCGUAGUAAGGACACUAUGUCGAGUGAGGAGGAGGAGGAGUUUCGAGAAGUUGAAUCAAAUGAUGAGGAUGAGGAUGAUGAUUGUGAUUCGGGGGCGGGAUCGGAUGAUUUUGAUUUGUUGGAAUUAGGGGAGUCUAAGGAGGAGUUUUGUCAAAUUGGGGAUCAAACAUGUAGUAUUCCUUUUGAAUUGUAUGAUCUUUCGGGGUUGGGUGAUGUGUUGUCGUUGGAUGUUUGGAAUGAGGUGUUGUCGGAGGGAGAAAGAUUUAAUCUUUCUCAGUAUCUUCCUGAUAUGGACCAGGAAACAUUUAUGCGAACAUUGAAAGACCUCUUCACGGGUGGUAAUAUGCAUUUUGGAAGUCCUCUUGAUAAGCUGUUUUACAUGUUGAAGGGUGGGUUAUGUGAGCCAAGAGUGGCACUUUAUCGACAAGGAUUGAUUUUCUUUCAGAAGCGACAGCAUUAUCAAAGCCUCAGAAACCAUCAUAAUGCAAUUGUUGGUAAUCUUUGUCAGAUAAGAGAUGCUUGGCUCAGUUGUCCAGGAUAUAGUAUUGAGGAGAAGCUUCAAGUGCUGAACAUUAAGAAGAAUGAGAAGAUAUUAAUGUAUGAGAAAAUGGAAGAACUGGAAAGUGAUGGAUCCGAGAGAGAGGAGUUCAGUGAUACUUUCUGGGGCAAAAGAACGAAAGAUCAUAAUCUUGGGCAGAGUAUGGGUUGUUAUUCUGGAUGCGGGAUAGGGUCGGCCUUGGAUUCAUCAUCUAGACAAAUGGCUUUGGAAGCUACCAGAUACAAAAAGCAGAACCUAAAAGGGACUUCCAAGGUAGGUGGAAAAAAGGGUUCUGCUGGUAAAGGAAUGGAACUUAGAUCAGGGCCCUAUGAUUCUGCAUUGCCUCCUUUUCGUCGUGGUAAAGGAAUGGGCUAUGAUUCUGGGAUGGCUUUCCCAAUGAGGGAUAUGUUGAAUGGCAAUUAUGAGGAGGAUGGGAUGUAUGAAGUGGAUGUACAGAGAGAUAAAAACUUUUCACGGGCAGGGGCUGCUGAUAAAAGUGGGACUGUCAAACUGGGGAAGAAGCAUGAAAGGCUUAGAAUGGAAGAAAGCGCUGAUGUUUUCAUGGGUGUGCCUGUCCCGUCGAAGAAUGAUCUUUAUGCCUAUGGCAGGAAUAACACUGUCAAUCAGCUGUCAGAUAUUAAGAUCUUGACUGCAAAGCCUGGCAAUGCCAGAACUGCAUAUGAGUUUGGCAAAAAGGACAGGUAUGCUGAUGGUCUCCCACAGUUUUGCUCUGAAGAUCAGAUGAAUUCUGGGAAAAUCCGGAUUCCUAAAAUGUCACUGAAGGGAAGUGGAAUGGAACUAGCGAGCGGAAGUGAACCAUUUUGGCCAAGUAAAGCACAAGAGGAUAACUAUUUUACCAACCCAUCCCAUAAGUUUGGUAACAUGAAUGUAAAAAGCAAAAAGUGGAAGGUGGACCAGCGAUAUCCUGAUCGCAAGUUAAAUGAUAGGUUGUUUCAGUCAGACUAUAGGGCAAAGGCUUUUCCUGAGAAAGUCAAGGGAAAAUUGCAGAAUGGAGGACAAGACGUGUCCAGAGGUAGAAGGGUAUUUGCAAAGACUGAAGAAACUGAAUCUGAAUCGUCAGAAAGAAGUGAUGAGGAUAAUAAUCCAUUGAUGAGGAGCAAGUGGGCAUAUCCUAGUGGUUCUACGAACUUGAUGUCUGCAUUGGAUACUAAAAAGGCUAAAUUUGGUCAAAAGGAUAAGUACAGUGUACUGGCUCGUGAUGGCUCAUUUCAUUCUUCUAGGCUGAUGAGCGACGCCAGUGAUCUUUUCCACCCAAAGAGAACUGGAAGUCAUGGCUUGGGAGCAGAACCAAUGGGUAAGAUGCAUGAUCUUGGUCAUCUGAAUAGUUUCUCCAGUAGAAAUCAUUUCUCUGGUCUAAGCCACUUUAACAAUGACAAUGAUGAGCAACCAAUCUACAAGCUAGCCAAGAAUGAUCCUUUGCAAGGGGACCAUACUGAAAAGUACCACAUGGCAUCCACCCGAGAGAAGAAACAGAAAGGAAAAGUUAGCCAUGAUAUCCUGCCUGCAAAUUAUAUGCAAGAUCACAAGUAUCAGGAGGAUGACUCAUUGCGUACACGGUUGCCAGCUAAAAGAAAUGGAGUUUCUACCAAGUUUUCAAAGAAAGGUCAGAUGCUUGACACACGCACUCUUGAUCAUCAUGAAAAAUCGGAUAUGCAUUUAACAGGUUGCAACUCGGUCAUGAAGAAGCGGAAAGUCAAAGUUGAUGUCCCUGACAUGGAUGAUCUAGAUGAUACUGACCAUCUCUAUUCUGAUACCCAGCAGAAACAAAAUGAUUUGUCAGUGAAGCGGGGUAAAAAGAAGCUGGAGGAUGAAUCAUGGCCUUCUUUAAUGGGAGUUCCCAGGUCUCCAACUUCGGAAAUGAUAGAAGAUGUAGUGGAUGUGGAAAGCCAACCUCAAAAAAAGCCUUUCAUUUUGAUUACUCCUACAGUUCAUACUGGCUUCUCAUUCUCCAUCAUUCAUCUUCUUACAGCAGUUCGUAUGGCAAUGAUUACUUUGCUUCCAGAAGAGGCUGUAGAUUCAAGUGCCGGAAGGCAGGAAGCUCUGGAGGAGCAAGGUGGAGUUGCACCACCUUCAGAAUUGGAUGUUGAUAAAUCACUUCCUUCCACUCAAGCAAAGGUUCCCUCUCUCAGUGUGCAGGAAAUUGUUAACCGUGUGAGAUCAAACCCGGGAGAUCCCUGUAUUCUCGAGACUCAAGAACCUCUCCAUGAUUUGGUCAGAGGAGUACUCAAAAUAUUUUCUUCCAAAACAGCACCGCUUGGUGCAAAAGGGUGGAAGGCACUUGUAGUCUAUGAAAAAUCCACCAAAAGUUGGUCCUGGAUUGGUCCAGUGAGCCCUGGUUCAUCUGAUCAUGAGCCUAUAGAGGAAGUCACAUCUCCAGAAGUGUGGGGUCUUCCUCACAAGAUGCUUGUCAAGCUAGUGGAUUCUUUUGCCAAUUGGCUGAAAAAUGGUCAGGAGACGCUACGGCAGAUAGGAAGUCUCCCUGACCCUCCGCCGUCGUUGAUGCAAUAUAAUAUAGAUGAGAAGGAAAGGUUCAGAGAUUUGCGAGCUCAGAAGAGUCUGAGUACCAUUAACUCAAGCUCCGAAGAAGUCCGGGAGUAUUUCCGGAAAGAGGAAUUCCUUAGGUAUUCAAUUCCUGACAGGGCCUUCUCCUACACUGCUAUUGAUGGGAAAAAAUCAAUAGUUGCUCCUCUGAGAAGGUGUGGUGGCAAGCCAACGUCAAAAGCCCGUGAUCACUUCAUGCUUAAAAAGGAUCGCCCUGCCCAUGUAACAAUUCUUUGUCUUGUGCGAGAUGCAGCUGCUAGGUUGCCCGGCAAUACAGGGACUAGAGCAGAUGUUUGUACUUUAAUCAGAGACUCGCAGUAUAUUGUGGAAGAGGUUUCCGAUGCUCAAGUUAAUCAAGUUGUUAGUGGUGCGUUGGAUCGUUUGCAUUAUGAACGUGAUCCUUGUGUACAGUUUGAUAAUGAGAAGAAGCUCUGGGUUUACUUACAUAGAGAUAGAGAAGAAGAAGAUUUUGAGGAUGAUGGUACUUCAUCUACAAAGAAAUGGAAGAGGCAAAAGAAAGAAGCUGUCGAACCAUCUGAUCAAGGAGCAGUAACCGUCGCUAUUCCUGGAACAGGAGAACAAAAUGGCCUUGAUUUGAGUUCAGAUCUCAAUGUUGAGCCCUCAAAAGUGGAUGAGGAUCGAACAGACCUUACUUGUGAGGAAGGUAAGGAUCAUGUAGAGGACAAUAUUAAGAGCAGCCAUAUGUCAGAACAAGGUGCAAUGCAUUGUGGUUCAUCUCUGAUGGAUACUCUUUGCUCAACUCCUGGAGAUGCAAAUAAGUUGUUAUGUCAACAGAACUCCACUGAUAAUUUUGUUGUUGAAACAUGUGGUGGAGAACCACCAUCUUGACUGUGGAAAGAGAGCCUCCAG